GGAUGACAUAACGUUUCUAUUUUUCUCUUUGGAGUUUUGUCUUUGAAGUCUGUUGAUCGUACAAAUGUUUCGAAGAUGCAAUCUUGUCAACCAGCUUCGCUGUGUCGCGAGAGCAUCGACGGAAGCUGCUGCAGUCGAGGAGACGCCAUCUCGGUUGCAGCAGCUCCGAGCGAAAUUACGGGAGGAUGAGCAUGAAAUACUCACAGAUACAUUCGGGCGCAAACACACAUAUCUCAGAAUUUCUCUCACAGAGCGUUGCAACCUUCGCUGUACAUAUUGUAUGCCUGCAGAAGGUGUGAAAUUAACUAAGAAGGAAGGUAUUCUGAAAACAGAUGAAAUAAUACAAAUAGCUGAUCUUUUUGUCAAAGAAGGAGUGCGCAAAAUACGUUUGACCGGCGGCGAACCCACAAUUCGUAAAGAUAUCAUUGACAUCAUUGGACAACUAAAGCAAUUGAGAGAUUUGGAUCAGGUUGCGAUUACAACUAAUGGAUUAACUCUAACGCGUCAAUUGCCAGCUCUUCAAAAAGCAGGAUUAGAUGCACUGAAUAUAUCGCUAGAUACUCUGAAAGAGGAGCGCUUUGAAUUGUUUACUCGCAGAAGAGGUUGGGCAAAAGUUAUGGCUUCCAUAGAUCUUGCUGUUCAGCUUGGCUAUAAACCUGUGAAAAUCAACUGCGUGAUGAUGCGAGGUCGCAACGAUGAUGAAAUAAUUGAUUUCAUUGAUUUCACAAGAGACCGGCCUGUCGAUGUCCGUUUUAUAGAAUAUAUGCCGUUUCAAGGAAACCAGUGGAAAGAAAAUAAAAUGAUUUCUUUCAACGAAAUGAAAGCAAUAAUCCGAGAGAAAUAUUCCGAUUUCCAAGCUCUGCCAAAUCAGCCUAAUAAUACAUCCAAGGCCUAUCAUGUGCCAGGAUUCAUAGGGCAGGUUGGAUUCAUUACAUCCAUGAGUCAACACUUUUGUGAUUCGUGUAAUCGCAUAAGAAUAACAGCAGAUGGAAAUUUGAAAGUGUGUCUAUUUGAAGGAAAAGGCGAAGUCUCACUUCGAGACGCUUUGCGAAGUGGAAUUUCGGAAAAUGCGCUUAAGAAUUUGAUAAGAAGAGCAAUAUCUCGAAAAAAGAAGCAACACGCAGGGAUGUUCAAUCUUACUCAAAUGGAAAAUAGGCCAAUGAUACUAAUUGGAGGUUAAUUGAUCGUUAUAAUUAAUUAUUAAAAUAUGU